AUGUCCAAUGACAGCAAUUUACGAAGCCGCAAGGCGCCUAAAGACAAAUCUGCAGAAUUGGCAGACUCAAACCAAGCAGAUGAGCCCAAUUCGCCGGUGAAAACACCAGUGAAGACCCCGAAAUCUUCGAAGACAAGCACAAAAAGCCCCAAAUCCGCCUCGAAGUCGCACUCGAAGCAUAGCUCGCACCACAAUAAAGACUUGAAAAAAAGGCUCUAUCAAUCUCGGCGUGCAACGUUUUUCCUAGGCGCUAUUCUUGGUCUUUUGGCUACAAUCGUAUUAACGACCUACGCUUCGGAAGACUUGCGUUCAGAACUAGACAGAUUGAUCACAUUUGACUCUUUCAAUGACUUUUUUGAGGAUUGGAAGGACUCUAUGCCCGCUCCUAUCCAGCUGAUGUUGGACAAGGCAGACAAGCCAAGCAGUAAUGACUUGAAAGGCUCGGCUGAGUCGUUCUCUGUAGGCUUGCGGUUGAAACAUAGCUACAACUUGACCGCAAAACAUAAUGUUGUCAUGGUUCCAGGGGUGAUUUCCACCGGCCUUGAAUCGUGGGGAAUUACUGAGAACGGAGACUGUCCCUCGCUUCCUCAUUUCCGUAAACGCUUAUGGGGCUCAUUUUACAUGUUGCGUACCAUGAUCAUGGACAAGACAUGUUGGUUGAAGCACAUCAAGCUUGAUCCCGAGACUGGGCUUGAUCCACCCGGCGUUAAGUUGAGAGCAUCGCUGGGCUUCGACGGUGCGGAUUUCUUCGUCGCAGGCUAUUGGAUUUGGAACAAAAUUUUACAGAACUUGGCCGUUAUUGGUUAUGGCCCCGAAAAUAUGAUCAGUGCGGGCUACGAUUGGCGCUUGGCCUAUAAUGAUCUAGAGAAAAGAGAUGGAUAUUUCACUAAGUUGAAGCUUCAGAUUGAAUCCGCAAAGCGUCUCACCGGCCAGAAGAGCUACUUGGUGGGGCACUCGAUGGGCUCGCAAGUGAUUUUGUACUUCUUGAAAUGGGUUGAGGCUAAGGGUGAGGAGUACGGAAAUGGAGGACCCAGCUGGUGCAAUGACCAUAUUGCUGGAUUUAUAGACAUCAGCGGAUCUUUGUUAGGAACCCCUAAAGCCAUUACUGCAUUGCUUUCGGGCGAGAUGAAAGAUACAGUCCAAUUGAACUACUUGGCUAUGUAUGGUCUUGAAAAAUUCUUGUCGAAAAAAGAGCGUGUGGAUAUGAUAAGAACUUUUGGUGGUGUGCCAUCAAUGAUUCCAAAGGGCGGUGAUGCUAUUUGGGGCAAUUUGACCCAUUCACCAGAUGAUCCAUCCAACACUCUUAAAACAAAUGUAUCGGACGAAGACAUAAGCGGACCAAAGGACCAAACCUUCGGCAAGUUCAUGCGGUAUAGAGCUAGGAAUGGCAAGAUCAACAAGGAUACUGGUAUCAACUCCACCAGUCAAGAUUUCACCAUGAUGGAGGGUAUUGAGAAAAUGCUUGAUUUGGCGCCUGCUUGGUUUUCCAACCGUAUUCGCGAGAAUUAUUCAUAUGGUCUCGCAAAGACGAAGCUGGAAUUGCAGAAAAAUAACCACGACCAUCUGAAAUGGUCCAAUCCAUUCGAGAUUGCGUUGCCCAAUGCACCAGAUAUGAAGAUCUUCUGUUUCUAUGGUGUCGGCAAUCCUACUGAGAGAGCAUAUACUUACAAAGAAGGAGAUGCUGAGUCCAAGUUGCCGCUCAUAAUUGAUACCGAAAGUGUUGAUCCUGUAUUCUUUGGUGAUGGUGACGGAACAGUGUCGUUAUUGACACACGCUGUCUGUCAUGAGUGGCAGAAGAAGGGCCUGCGUUUCAACCCAGCCAAUAUUCCGGUCAAGAUUGUAGAGAUCAAGCAUGAGCCAGAUAGAUUUGAUAUCCGUGGAGGUGCACGCACGGCUGAGCACGUUGAUAUUCUUGGUUCAGCCGAGCUCAACGAACUCAUCUUGAAGGUUGUGACUGGUCAUGACGAACUCAUUGAGGAUGUGUUCCACUCUGAGCUUAAGAAUAUCACAUCCCAAAUGGAGAUUUAG